GUUUGGGUGUCCGUGUGUAGCAUAGAAGCGCUGGAGGCAACAGGGUCCCAACACCCCAAGCGGCGAUGUGUGUGUUUGUGUCGGAGGAACAGCGUACGCAUUUCACAAAAAAGCUGGCUUUUCUGCAUGCCUCUCCGUGUUUCAUUGCUGCCAGUUAAGUUCCGCGGGCCUUUUGAUCAACAAGAGCCUGAGGGGCUCUCCCUCACACUAUUGGGUGCUCUCGUCGUUCCUGUCUCGUGUUCCUCACCUCCCAGAGGCCGAGGGCUCUCUGCCGUAAACCGCCCAUCUCCUCCAUCUUGCGGUGUCUCUGACUCCAUCGUGUUUUCCUUUGCUCCUCUCCAUUUCCUCCACUUCCCUGCACUCCAUCAUUCACAGUUUCGCGGUCGUUCUGUAGUCCGCGCAUCGGCAGAACCACGGCACAGCUUCUGUCGCUCCUUGCGAAUCGUCUCUGCCUUUCGUUUCCUCCCUUCAUCCUCCUCGCCGGCUCACGGAGAGACUCUUAUUUGGGCGAAGAAGCCUCUCUGAAGAUACAGAGCAACUAGUAUUUCUCUCCCAUUCGUUUCGAUGCUCGGCAGCCCGCGGCUUCUUUGAGAACAAACCCUUUCGGCGUCUUUUCCGGCAUGGCGACUAUCUCCUACGUGGAAUAUCCCAUUUACUCUAUUGCCACAGAUGGAGAAAUCGUGGCGACGUCGGGAGGCGGGGGCGGGUCGGACUAUGGAAUCGAAGAUCAGCUUGAAACGCACAGAGUGAAUCUAGAGACAGGCCAGCUGCUGCCGGUGAUCAGCACGGCCGAGGCGGGCGGCGUCGUCGACUCACUCUGCUUCAACAAAAACGUCGACCUCUGGUGCGGAUGUUGCCAGGGUCAAGUCGUGCUCAUCCAGAAAGACAAAGACCACGGACUGGGCGUCGUCGCUCGCUUCGGACCGCCGCCGGUUUCGAGCGGGAAGCGACCGCGUCUGAUCACAGCCCGCUUCUCUCCGUCCGGUGAAAUUGUCGUCGCGGGAGGCGAAGACAAAGUCGUUCGCGUCUGGCGGAUAGCCCGGACUGGUGCCUCCAGUGAGAGAGGCAACGUCCCUCCUGCGGCGAAAGAAGGCUGGGAGGCUACACUCGUCUGCGAGUUGCGAGGACACGAAGGUGACAUCAAGGACUGCUGCGUUAGCAGUGACAGCAGUCUGGUCGCGUCUUGCGGAGCAGACAGCAAGCUUUGUCUCUGGGACUGGCGGACGGGCGCUCUUCUACACAGCAUUGAGAAGCGGAAUCCGAGAAAAGCCGAAGAAAAACUGACAUUUCGGUGUGGCAGAUUCCUCCCCACACCUCCAGGUGUACCAGCAAACAGCGGCCAGAGACUGAUCGCUGUCGCUUGCGGGCUGAGAGGCCCGUCAUACUUUGUUGGAUGGUCGAUUGCCUUUGGAGGCAGCGCGCCGUCGCAACUGCCCGCCCCGACCUACGACAAGAAGAGCGAGGACUCUGCUCCGUCUGAGGGCUCAAACAAGGCAUCCCAGUCUCUCCCUCCUUCCGCCUCUUCUGUCACCGUAACACAGUUGUGUGAAUCCAUGUGCGACGAUAGCGUCCCGUGUUGCCAGGCCGAGAUUUCGACUGAUGGACAACUCAUCGCGGUGGGCUUCGCGGAUGGAAAAUGUAAAGUGUACAACCGAGGGCUGUCGCUUGUGGCCCAGAGUUCGAAACAUGAUCUCCCAGUCACUGGGUUGUGCUUUUUGAACAACAACAAAACUCUCGUCUCUACUAGCGCUGACUACUCUGUGGUGACUCUCGACCUAACUCGCCGUUCUAGAGGAAUUUGUGGUCGGUGCUGCUGCUGUAGGAAGCGAGCGUGCUUUUGCGGGUUCCUCAUUUUUCUCUUCCUGCUCUUGGUGGGCGGCUUUGCAGUUCACCAUAUUGCCUCUCUCGGCUAUCUUCACUUCAUAAGUCAGCAUGACGCUGCUCAGAUGGGCUUGUACAGGCAGACAAUGGAGGACCUUGUGAUCCAGCAGCGUCUGCACGAUCUCGAAAUCGAGCAGAAAGAAGAACGGAGACGCUCGGGGGGAGAGGCGAGACUUGGGCGAGAGCGUUCUGCACCGCCACGUCAAACAGAUAGAAAGGCGCAUAAGCAAGACCAAGCACGACGUGGGGGGGCGUACAGACACAAAACAAGCGCAACGGUCAAGGACGAACUGUGACAGAAUCGAGAGGCUCAAAUGCUGUGCGUUAAUGGACAGUGUCCACGCAAUGUGCGGCCGUAUGAGAAACGCAUUUUUGUCAUGUAACCGCAGAGAGAAAUAAAUGCCAUGACACCGGCGGGGAAAAAACACGAUACCGUUCUCUGAAACUCAAGGACGCACUAGGUUUAGUGUCUUGUUUUCGGUACUCAGCACAAAGUUGGGUUCUCUUUCUCAAGGCAGUCAGUCUGUUUGCGGUGCAGCGCAUCUAUUUUGAGAGAUGCGAAAGCCCAUAGGAGUUUUGAGUGCGAGGGGAAAGCCACAGUUGUGUAUGUUUUUUGGAGCUAAGAGAGACCAAGGGGGAAAGUGCACUGAUGCAUGAAACCCGUAAUUGAUCGAAAUGAAUACAACAUGAAGACGGGGCCACGUGGAAUGAAGUGGCACGUUGGUCAUGUGUCCAAAACUGGCGCCUCCCGCUCAGGUUGACAAAACGAGCUGCCGUUUUGAAACUUAG